AUGAGUGCAAGUGGUGACGACGAAGAUGCUACGCUGGACUUCAGUGGACUCGACAUCAAUGAUGACAACGGAGGUCCAUCACAGUACCAGCAGACUGGAAAACGCAAGGACCGUUUGAGUGACGCCAACAGCAAGGAUUCCUACUCGCGUCCUGCUCAUCAUGGUGCUAGUCUCGAAGAAGCAAAUGCUCCUGAUCGCGCAUUUCGGCGCCAAGUGAAGAGUCGACCAGGCAUACAUGCUAGACCUGAUCUGUCAGAAGAAAAAGAAAAGGACAACCAUGAUGAUGAAGAUAGCGUCUCGACUCCUCCAAUGUUUUGGCGAGCAAGUGUCAACGCAGUUGAAGUGAGCGAUCUGUCAGAGCCAACGACAACUCAAGACGCGAUGAACGGACCCGACAAAGUUCACUGGCAUAUUGGAACCAAGUGGGUGUUCAAGAUCAAGCAAAAAGCGGGCGCUUCAAUCGAGAAGUACAAGGCACGACUUGUGGCCAAGGGCUUCAAGCAGAAGUACGGCAUCGCCUACACGGAGGCAUUCUCACCAGUGGUCAAGUAUGUGACGCUGCGCAUGGUGGUCGCGAUUACCAAGUACUUUGGCUGGCCUCUUGGCCAACUUGACGUGGUCACAGCUUUUCUCUAUGGUGUGACGAAAGAAACGGUGUACUGCGCGGUUCCAGAAGGCGUCGAAUUGGACGGAGACUUCAACUGCCUCGAGUUGGUGAAGACAAUCUACGGUCUCAAGCAAGCUUCUCGUAUUGUGGACGGUUACUGCGUACUGUUGCUAGUCUACGUGGACGAUGUGCUGGUGACUGGGAGCUCGACGGAACUCAUUGCGUGUACCAUGAGCGACCUCAAGACGCGCUUCGAGAUGACCGACACGCGCUAUGUGGAUGACAUUCUGAAGCGCUUUGGGAUGGAAGACUGCAAGGCUGCAAUAAGCCCAGCUGAUGUGAGCACUCGACUGACUCGAAGCAAUGCAUUAACCAAGGUGAGCGCUCCAUUUCGAGAAGCUGUGGGGGCGCUCAUGCAUCUGACGACCGCAACACGCCCAGACAUAGCUUUUGCUGUGGGAUACGUAUCGCGUUUCUUGGAAAACCCCCAAGUCGAGCACUGGAUUGCAGUGAAGCGUAUUUUCCGCUAUCUGCAAGGGACCAAGUCACAUGGAAUUUGUUUCAAGCCUGGUGAAGAAGUUGAUUUUUGUGAAUACUCCGAUCGGACUGGUCUGGAGACUAUUCUGACCGCAAGUCAACUUCGGGAUAUGCAUUUCUCGAUCCAAGAAGGCAAGUGGGUUCACCGACUGCUGAUCAAAAUUCUAUCAGCGUCAAAUAAUUCGGCUCCUGGACUUAAGAUUCUCGAAGACAACCAGUCCUGCAUCAAGAUGACAAAGAAUCCCGUCAACCAUGGUCGUGCAAAACACAUCGACAUCAAGUACCAUCACAUCCGUGAUGAAGUCAAGCGUGGUGAAGUGGAGCUUGAGCAUUGUGAGACUUCCAUCAUGCUUGCGGACAUCUUGACGAAGGCACUUCCGGGAUCUCGUCACAAGGACUUAACGGCUGCACUCGGUAUUCAUGCGAGUUCACAUUGA